UGAGGAUUAGUCGUCCAGUCCUUAGAAGAGUUCCGCUGCUUCUCGUCUUUUCGCAUGCCCCUUCCCUGUAUUAGAUCUAUCUUCUCUCCUGUGGGGGUCCAAAUCUUCUCUGGUUGCUGAUUCAAUACCUCCCAUUGAUUUGGAUCCUCCACUGGCUUUCUUUUUCGUUGCUUGGUCUUCACUCUUUGACUCUCAGUCGACGCUAACGAUCGCCGCCGCAGAUCCAAGUCUCUGAUUAUCAGUUCCUAGAUCCAAGGCGUCAUGGCGGCCGCGAAUGCUCCGAUCGCCAUGAGAGAGGCCCUAACUUUGCCAAGCGUGGGCAUCAAUCCGCAAUUCAUCACUUUUACGCAUGUGACGAUGGAGUCUGAAAAGUACAUAUGCGUACGAGAAACUUCUCCGCAGAAUAGUGUGGUUAUAAUCGAUAUGAACAUGCCGAUGCAACCUUUGAGAAGGCCCAUUACUGCUGAUUCGGCUCUUAUGAAUCCGAAUUCUAGAAUCCUUGCUUUAAAAGCCCAACUUCAAGGGACAACUCAGGAUCACCUGCAAAUAUUUAAUAUUGAGAUGAAAACAAAGAUGAAAUCUUAUCAGAUGCCUGAGCAGGUAGUCUUUUGGAAGUGGAUUACCCCGAAGAUGUUGGGCCUCGUGACACAGACCUCAGUAUACCACUGGUCAAUAGAAGGUGACACUGAGCCCGUCAAGAUGUUUGAGAGAACAGCAAAUUUAACAAACAACCAAAUCAUUAAUUACCGAUGUGACCCUACAGAAAAAUGGUUGGUCUUGAUUGGUAUUGCUCCUGGUUCCCCUGAGAAGCCACAGUUGGUCAAAGGGAACAUGCAACUUUUCUCUGUGGACCAGCAGCGUAGUCAAGCUCUUGAAGCACAUGCUGCGUCAUUUGCCCAAUUUAAACAGGUUCCUGGGAAUGAAAAUCCAUCUGUCUUGAUUUCAUUUGCUACAAAGUCGUUCAAUGCUGGUCAAUUAGCAUCCAAGUUGCAUGUUAUUGAGCUGGGUGCACAGCCAGGGAAACCAUCGUUCACAAAGAAACAGGCGGAUCUUUUCUUUCCCCCGGAUUUUGCUGAUGACUUUCCUGUUGCAAUGCAGAUAUCCCACAAAUUCAAUUUGAUUUACGUGAUCACCAAGCUUGGACUAUUGUUUGUUUAUGACUUGGAGACAGCUGCAGCAGUAUAUAGGAAUAGAAUUAGUCCAGAUCCAAUAUUUUUGACUGCAGAAGCUUCAUCAGUUGGAGGCUUUUAUGCCAUCAACAGGAGAGGGCAAGUGUUAUUGGCUACUGUUAAUGAACAAACCAUUGUGAAUUUUGUCAGUGGUCAAUUAAACAACUUGGAGCUUGCGGUUAACCUUGCCAAAAGAGGAAAUCUUCCUGGCGCUGAGAAGCUGGUUGUGGAGCGUUUCCAUGAACUGUUUGCCCAGACAAAGUAUAAGGAAGCAGCUGAGCUUGCUGCUGAAUCUCCACAAGGAAUCCUCCGUACACCAGAGACAGUUGCCAAAUUUCAGAGUGUUCCUGUGCAAGCUGGGCAAACUCCUCCUCUGUUGCAGUAUUUUGGGACUCUUUUAACAAAAGGAAAGCUGAAUGCCUUUGAAUCAUUGGAAUUGUCACGACUUGUUGUGAACCAGAACAAGAAAAAUCUGUUGGAGAAUUGGUUGGCAGAGGACAAACUAGAAUGCAGUGAGGAGCUUGGAGAUCUUGUUAAGACUGUGGACAAUGAUCUUGCUUUAAAAAUAUAUAUCAAAGCCAGAGCUACUCCUAAAGUCGUUGCUGCCUUUGCUGAGAGAGGGGAGUUUGAUAAAAUCCUUAUCUAUUGUAAGCAGGUCGGCUACACACCUGACUACCUGUUCCUCUUGCAAACAAUUCUCCGGACAGACCCUCAGGGUGCUGUUAACUUUGCAUUAAUGAUGUCUCAAAUGGAGGGAGGUUGCCCAGUUGAUUACAACACCAUAACUGACCUGUUUCUUCAGAGGAAUCUGAUCCGUGAGGCAACAGCUUUUCUCUUGGAUGUGUUGAAGCCAAAUCUUCCAGAACAUGGGUACCUUCAGACAAAGGUGCUGGAGAUAAAUCUAGUAACUUUCCCAAAUGUAGCGGAUGCAAUUUUGGCAAAUGGCAUGUUCAGCCAUUAUGACCGUCCUCGUAUUGCUCAACUAUGUGAAAAAGCUGGUCUUUACAUACGAGCUUUGCAACAUUACACCGAGUUGCCAGAUAUUAAGCGUGUAAUUGUGAAUACACAUGCUAUUGAGCCACAGGCGCUUGUUGAGUUUUUUGGAACUCUGUCGAAAGAAUGGGCAUUAGAGUGCAUGAAAGAUCUUUUGAUGGUCAAUCUUAGAGGAAACCUGCAGAUAAUUGUGCAGGUUGCAAAAGAGUACUGUGAACAAAUGGGUAUUGAUUCCUGCAUAAAGAUUUUUGAGCAGUUCAGGUCAUAUGAAGGACUAUACUUUUUCCUGGGAUCAUAUUUAAGCUCCAGUGAGGAUCCUGACAUUCACUUCAAGUACAUAGAGGCUGCAGCGAAGACUGGACAAAUCAAAGAGGUGGAGCGUGUGACUAGAGAAUCAAAUUUCUAUGAUCCUGAGAAAACAAAGAACUUUCUAAUGGAAGCCAAGCUUCCUGAUGCACGUCCUUUAAUAAAUGUUUGUGAUCGUUUUGGAUUUGUUCCUGAUUUAACACAUUAUCUAUACACAAACAACAUGCUCCGUUACAUUGAAGGAUAUGUUCAGAAGGUGAACCCAGGAAAUGCUCCUUUAGUUGUUGGACAGCUGCUUGAUGACGAGUGUCCAGAAGAUUUUAUCAAAGGCUUGAUCCUUUCAGUUCGUUCUUUACUUCCAGUGGAGCCCCUUGUGGAGGAAUGUGAGAAGAGGAAUCGGCUUAGAUUGCUUACCCAGUUCUUGGAGCAUCUUGUGAGUGAGGGAAGCCAGGAUGUGCAUGUCCACAAUGCUCUGGGUAAAAUUAUCAUUGACAGUAACAACAAUCCAGAGCAUUUUCUAACUACCAAUCCGUAUUAUGAUUCUCGCGUUGUGGGCAAAUAUUGUGAGAAACGUGAUCCUACCUUAGCUGUUGUGGCUUACCGGAGAGGACAAUGUGAUGAUGAACUUAUCAAUGUCACAAAUAAAAAUUCCUUGUUCAAACUACAAGCCAGAUAUGUGGUUGAGAGGAUGGAACCUGAUCUUUGGGAGAAAGUUCUUAACCCUGACAAUGCCUAUAGAAGGCAACUUAUUGAUCAGGUUGUGUCCACUGCUUUGCCUGAAAGCAAGAGUCCUGAACAAGUUUCUGCAGCUGUUAAGGCUUUCAUGACAGCUGAUUUGCCUCAUGAGUUGAUUGAACUUCUUGAGAAGAUUGUGCUUCAGAAUUCUGCAUUCAGCGGAAACUUCAACUUGCAAAAUCUUCUUAUUUUGACAGCCAUAAAGGCUGAUCCGUCCAGAGUCAUGGAUUACAUAAAUAGACUGGAUAACUUUGAUGGGCCUGCAGUUGGAGAAGUGGCUGUAGAAGCUCAGUUGUACGAGGAAGCCUUUGCGAUAUUUAAGAAGUUCAACUUGAAUGUCCAAGCAGUCAAUGUCUUGUUAGAUAAUAUUCGUAGCAUUGAUAGAGCUGUGGAGUUUGCCUUCCGAGUUGAAGAAGAUGCUGUUUGGAGUCAAGUUGCUAAGGCUCAACUCAGGGAAGGGCUUGUAAGUGAUGCAAUUGAGUCAUUUAUCCGAGCUGAUGAUGCCACACAAUUCCUGGAUGUUAUUCGUGCUGCUGAAGAUGGCAAUGUUUACCAUGACUUGGUGAGGUACUUGCUUAUGGUAAGGCAAAAGGUGAAAGAACCCAAGGUAGACAGUGAGCUCAUUUAUGCAUAUGCAAAGAUUGAUAGGCUCAGUGAUAUUGAGGAGUUCAUCCUCAUGCCGAAUGUGGCUAAUCUUCAAAAUGUUGGUGACCGAUUAUAUGAUGAAGCCUUAUAUGAGGCUGCAAAAAUCAUAUUUGCUUUUAUAUCUAACUGGGCCAAGUUGGCUGUCACGCUGGUGAAGUUGAAACAAUUCCAAGGUGCUGUUGAUGCAGCAAGGAAAGCAAACAGUUCAAAGACAUGGAAGGAAGUUUGCUUUGCUUGUGUUGAUGCUGAGGAGUUUCGUUUGGCCCAAAUAUGUGGGCUUAACAUUAUUAUUCAGGUGGAUGACUUGGAGGAAGUAAGUGACUAUUACCAAAAUAGGGGUUACUUCAAUGAGUUAAUCUCUCUCAUGGAGAGUGGCUUAGGUUUAGAACGGGCACAUAUGGGCAUCUUCACUGAGUUGGGAGUUCUAUAUGCUAGAUACCGUCCCGAAAAGCUUAUGGAACACAUCAAGCUCUUCUCAACACGCCUCAAUAUUCCAAAACUCAUCAGAGCUUGUGACGAACAACAGCACUGGAUGGAAUUGACCUAUUUGUAUAUCCAAUAUGAUGAGUUUGAUAAUGCUGCAACUACAAUCAUGAACCAUUCUCCUGAAGCAUGGGAUCACAUGCAGUUCAAAGACGUCAUUGUCAAAGUUGCUAAUGUUGAAUUAUAUUAUAAGGCUGUUCACUUCUAUUUGCAAGAGCAUCCUGAUCUCAUUAAUGAUGUCCUGAACGUCCUUGCACUUCGUGUGGACCAUGCACGUGUUGUUGACAUAAUGCGAAAGGCUGGUCACCUGCGUCUUGUGAAGCCAUACAUGGUUGCAGUUCAGAGCAACAAUGUAUCUGCUGUUAAUGAAGCGUUGAAUGAGAUAUAUGUUGAGGAGGAAGACUAUGAUAGAUUGCGUGAAUCAAUUGAUUUGCAUGAUAACUUUGAUCAAAUAGGCCUUGCACAGAAGAUUGAGAAGCAUGAGCUUCUUGAGAUGAGACGUGUUGCUGCUUAUAUUUACAAGAAGGCAAGCCGGUGGAAGCAGUCCAUUGCCUUGUCAAAGAAGGAUAACCUUUACAAAGAUGCGAUGGAGACAGCCUCACAAUCUGGUGACCGUGAACUUGCUGAGGAGUUGCUUGUAUAUUUCAUUGAACAGGGAAAGAAGGAAUGCUUUGCCUCAUGCCUCUUUGUUUGUUAUGAUUUAAUCCGGGCAGACAUAGCUCUUGAACUUGCUUGGAUGAACAAUAUGAUUGAUUUCGCCUUCCCAUAUCUCUUACAGUUCAUACGUGAAUACACUGGUAAAGUUGAUGAAUUGGUGAAGGACAAACUUGAAGCGCAAAAUGAAGUGAAGGCUAAAGAGAAGGAGGAAAAGGAAGUAAUCGCGCAACAGAACAUGUAUGCUCAGUUGUUACCUCUGGCGUUGCCUGCACCACCAAUGCCAGGAAUGGGAGGAGGUUUUGCUCCUCCCCCUCCCCCUCCUAUGGGUGGAAUGGGGAUGCCUCCGAUGCCACCUUUUGGCAUGCCACCUAUGGGCAGCAGCUACUGAUAUAGGAGCACCUGCGGAGUGAGCGAUUAACCUCUAGCAUAAGCAACUGGGUGCUUCUUGAUUUUUGCGUACGAUUCUUGUGGGACUUGUUCGCCCAAGGGAAAGUAUAAUUCUUAUGAGACGUUGAUGCAGCAUGCUUCCUGGUUUCUGAUGCACGUGGACAUUCAAGUUACAGUCGUGUCAUGUCUUACUUGGGGGGUUUUCGUGGCCUAGUGUUGGACGUCUUGUGAUAUUUUUGUAGUUGAGGCUUUUUUCUUGUUUGGGCUGCUAUACGAGUUAGCCUGGAAUUGCCUUUUUGUACCCUUUUCUUUUUCUUGUAUUCAAUGAAUUGGUCCCAGUAUAAUACAAAGUACAUCGACAUCAAUAACUAGGUUGAUAAUUGUUAAUUGAUAUGCAUGUAUGAUCUGGAGAUUAUUUCCGCUUUCGUUGUUAUGGAUGCUCCAUAAAUAAAGCUUAGUAGUUGUUUGUUGAA